UGUGUACCAUCAUGCACUUCCCACUUGGACCUUGUUUAAACAAUUCGAGUGUCUAGAAACAUGAGAAACAUAGUUAUAGUGCUUUAUUUGUAACAGUGCGUAUACGUAAUUUUUUGUGUGUCCGACAAAAUUCGCUUCACAAGGCUAAACGGCAUUCUUUUUACGGCUGACUUAACAUUCGUUCAUUUUGGGCUUUUGGAUUAUUUCGGCUCGUUCUUUUCAAUCUCAUUGCUUUGAAAUCAUGAGCAAGUCAAAUAAAACUAACCCUACUGCUAGAACUAAUGGUGCGGGUAAGGUAGAUAAGAUGGAUCCAGAUGUGUCGAUCGACAUGGAGGCGCCAGAGUUCAAAGACUUUGCCAAAUCAAUGGUGGAUUAUAUAGCGGAAUAUUUGGAGAAUAUACGCGACAGACGUGUCCUGCCGGAUGUGAAGCCUGGCUACUUGCAGCCCCUCAUCCCUGAUGCGGCGCCUGUGAAGCCAGAGAGCUGGCAGGAUGUUAUGCAGGACAUUGAGCGCGUCAUCAUGCCGGGCAUCACGCACUGGCACAGUCCCAAGUUCCAUGCCUAUUUCCCGACGGCCAAUUCCUAUCCGGCCAUAGUGGCCGAUAUGCUGAGCGGCGCCAUCGCUUGUAUUGGCUUCACCUGGAUUGCGAGUCCGGCGUGCACAGAGCUGGAGGUUGCAAUGCUGGAUUGGUUGGGCAAAAUGUUGGAGUUGCCUGCAGAAUUCUUGGCCUGCUCCGGCGGCAAGGGAGGCGGCGUUAUUCAGGGCACAGCCAGCGAGGCAACGCUGGUGGCGCUGCUCGGCGCCAAGGCCAAGAAGAUGAAGGAGGUGAGGGAGACACAUCCGGACUGGGACGAUCACACGAUUAUCUCGAAGCUUGUGGGCUACUCCUCGGCGCAGGCACAUUCAUCUGUUGAGCGUGCGGGUCUGCUGGGUGGAGUGAAGCUGCGCUCAGUGCCCGCGGAUGAGCAGAAUCGUUUGCGUGGCGAGGCCUUGGAGAAGGCUAUAGAGCAGGAUUUGGCCGACGGCUUAAUACCAUUCUAUGCGGUGGUCACUCUCGGCACCACAAACUCCUGCGCCUUCGACCGACUGGAUGAGUGCGGUCCGGUGGCCAACAAGCACAAUGUUUGGGUGCAUGUGGACGCGGCCUAUGCCGGCUCUGCUUUCAUCUGUCCCGAGCAUCGUCAUCAUAUGAAGGGCAUUGAGACGGCAGAUUCCUUCAACUUCAACCCUCACAAGUGGAUGCUAGUGAACUUCGACUGCUCCGCUAUGUGGCUGAAGGACCCCAGCUGGGUGGUGAAUGCCUUCAAUGUAGAUCCUCUGUACCUAAAGCAUGAUAUGCAAGGUUCGGCACCGGACUACCGUCACUGGCAAAUUCCAUUGGGCAGACGUUUCAGGGCUCUGAAACUGUGGUUCGUUCUGCGUCUCUAUGGCGUCGAGAACCUGCAGGCCCACAUACGUCGUCACUGCUCGUAUGCCCAGCAGUUUGCGGAGCUGUGCGUGCAGGAUUCGCGCUUUGAGCUGGCGGCGGAGGUCAAUAUGGGACUCGUCUGCUUCCGCCUGAAGGGCUCCAAUGAGCGCAACGAGGCUCUACUCAAGCGCAUCAAUGGACGUGGCAAAAUCCAUUUGGUGCCGGCCAAAAUACGCGAUGUUUAUUUCCUACGCAUGGCUGUGUGCUCCCGUUUUACCCGACCGGAGGACAUGGAGUAUUCCUGGCAGGAGGUGAGCGCAGCUGCCGACGAAGAGGAGCAGCAGCAGAAGUGAAGAGAUAUUAUCGACCAGUAUUGAGAGACAGUCUAUCAGGACUGUGUGACACAUUUAGGGAAUCUACACAUU